UGGGGCGUUGAACUGAACAGGGGCCGCCACCGGAAAAAUCCACCGCCGAUGGCCUCCGACUCCUCCCCGCCGGCGGCGGCGUCGUCGCCGCAGGGUCCUGGAGAUAAGCUGGCGGUGUUCUGGCAAGAGGGCAUGCUGGCCCACGACGCAGGCCGCGGCGUCUUCGACUCGGGCCGCGACCCGGGCUUCCUGGACGUGCUCGACCAGCACCCGGAGAACGCCGACCGCGUCCGCAACAUGGUCUCCAUCCUCCGCCGCGGGCCCAUCGCGCCCUUCGUCUCCUGGCACUCCGGCCGCCCCGCGCACGCCUCCGAGCUCCUCUCCUUCCACUCCUCAGAAUACAUAGAGGAGCUCGUGCAGGCGAACGCCACCGGAGCCAAGAAGUUCUGCGAGGGCACGUUCCUGAACCCCGGCUCCUGGGGCGCUGCGCUUCUGGCCGCCGGAACCACGCUCUCCGCGGUGAAGCACAUACUAGACGGGCACGGGAACCUGGCCUAUGCGCUGGUCCGCCCCCCUGGCCAUCACGCGCAGCCCGACCGCGCAGAUGGCUACUGCUUUCUGAACAAUGCCGGGCUUGCCGUGCACCUGGCUCUGGAUAGCGGGCGCUCAAAGGUUGCAGUCGUUGAUAUUGAUGUGCACUAUGGGAAUGGUACAGCAGAGGGUUUCUAUCGCACGGAAAACGUGCUAACGAUUUCGCUUCACAUGAGGCAUGGGUCAUGGGGUCCAUCGCAUCCGCAGAGUGGCUCCGUGGAUGAGAUUGGUGAAGGCAAGGGGCUUGGGUACAAUCUCAAUAUACCUUUGCCUAACGGAAGUGGAGAUGCUGGGUAUGAAUAUGCGAUGAACGAGUUGGUUGUUCCAGCGAUUGAUAAGUUUCAGCCUCAACUUUUGGUUUUUGUGGUCGGUCAAGAUUCUAGUGCGUUCGAUCCCAAUGGAAGGCAGUGCUUGACCAUGGAAGGCUAUCGGAAAAUUGGGCAAAUAAUGAGGAGCAUGGCUAAUCGGCAUAGCAAUGGGCAAAUAUUGAUUGUCCAGGAAGGUGGUUACCACAUCACUUACUCAGCAUAUUGUCUGCAUGCAACACUGGAAGGUGUUUUGGAUCUGGAAGCCCCACUGCUGGAUGACCCGAUCGCUUACUAUCCAGAGGAUGAGAGAUACACUAAGAAAGUUGUUGACAUGAUCAAGGAUUCCUGGAAAGAAUCCGUCCCUUUCCUGAAGGACAUCUAGCAAGCACAGUUUAGUCGCCCUCAACUUCAAAUCAUUUAUGCACCAAGUUCAUGGUUUUCUAUUGGAACUGGAAUGAUAUUGCGCGUUGUUUUGUACAUUUAUAGGCUUUCUAUUUAAGAACCCCCCGCUUCCGAUGCAGUGUUGCACGCCAUAGCAUGCCAUGUCAAGUUCAGUAUUGUUUGCUGCUGCUGUUCAGUUUCAGAACAUUAGGAUCUUGCUAGCAGUUCAUAAGCAGCCAGUCUUUUCUCUGGAA